AUGGCCACGAACCCCGAGGGACCACUGCCGCCAUCGGUCCAAGACUACAAAUUGGUGUCGUCCGACGAGAAAGUGCUCGAAAUCAGUGCUCGCGCGCUGCGCCACUCGAAAACGUUGCGAACAAUGACGGAGCUGCUGCUCGCCCGGUCGGCCGAUCCGAUCCCAGUCGCCCACGUCAACAGCGCCACGUUGCAAAAGGUGAUCGAGUGGUGCGAGCAGCACAAAGACGAGGAGCCGAAGGAGCCGAAGGACCAGGAGGAGGAGGAGGCAAAGUGGGAGCCGAUCCGGGUGCCCGACUGGGACCGCCAAUUCCUCGACAUUGACAACGCCGCGCUGUUCGAGGUGAUCUGCGCGGCGAACUACCUGGACAUUCGGCGACUGCUCGACGUGGCGUGCAAAACCGUCGCGCAAAAGGCCGUCGGAAAGUCGCCCGAGGAGUUGAGAGCGCUUUUCGGGAUACCGAGCGACGAGGAGGAGACGGAGCGAGAGAAGAAGAGUAAUAAAUAA